AUGAAACCCUGGCUGCAGUUGAUGUUCUUCCUUUGUGUUUUCCUGAUCUGGCACACAGAAGCAGAGUUCUUUACCUCCAUAGGUCAAAUGACAGACCUGAUUUAUGCAGAGAAGGACUUGGUACAGUCUUUACAGGAAUACAUCCGAGCAGAAGAGAAGAAGCUCUCUCAGAUUAAACGCUGGGCUGAAAAAAUGGAUGUACUGACCAGCAAAUCAGCUUCUGAUCCAGAAGGGUAUCUGGCACACCCUGUAAAUGCAUAUAAGCUUGUGAAACGUUUGAAUACUGACUGGCUUGAAUUGGAAAACCUGGUUCUUCAGGAUACAGCAAAUGGCUUUAUUGCAAAUCUUACAAUCCAGCGUCAGUUUUUUCCAACUGAAGAAGAUGAGACUGGAGCAGCAAAGGCUCUGAUGCGCCUGCAGGACACCUAUAAACUGGAUCCUGAGACCCUCUCUCGAGGACACUUGCCAGGAACAAAAUACAGAUCCUUCCUGACAGUUGAUGACUGCUUUGGCAUGGGGAAGACAGCCUACAAUGAUGGGGACUAUUAUCACACUGUGCUCUGGAUGGAGCAGGCCUUGAAACAGCAUGAUGAGGGGGAGGAUACAACAGUCAGCAAAGUAAAGAUCCUGGAUUAUCUCAGCUAUGCUGUUUUCCAGUUUGGGGAUUUGCACAGAGCUGUGGAGCUCACCAGACGUCUGCUAUCCCUUGACAGCACUUAUGAGAGAGCAGGCAGUAAUCUGCGGUACUUUGAGAAGCUGCUGGAGAAGGAGAGAGAGGAGGAGGAGGAGAAAGAAAGCUCAGUAAACAAGACUGUGACAACCACAGAAGCCAUGGUGCAAAGUGGAGCCUAUGAGAGGCCUCUUGACUACUUGCCAGAGCGUGAUAUCUAUGAGGCCCUUUGCAGAGGUGAAGGGGUGAAAAUGACACCUCGAAGACAAAAAAGGCUGUUUUGUAGGUACCAUAAUGGAAACAGAAACCCUCAUCUGCUCAUAGCUCCCUUUAAAGAAGAAGAUGAAUGGGACAGUCCUCAUAUUGUGCGAUACUAUGAUGUCAUGUCUGAUGAAGAAAUAGAGAAAAUUAAACAACUAGCUAAGCCAAGACUGGCACGAGCCACAGUACGUGAUCCCAAAACUGGUGUCCUUACAGUGGCUAGCUACAGGGUAUCCAAGAGCUCGUGGUUGGAAGAAAAUGAUGAUCCUGUUGUGGCCAAGGUGAAUCAGCGCAUGCAGCAGAUCACAGGGUUAACAGUGAAAACAGCUGAGCUUUUGCAGGUUGCCAACUACGGAAUGGGAGGGCAGUACGAGCCACACUUUGAUUUUUCUAGGAAAGAUGAGCCAGAUGCUUUCAAGCGUUUAGGGACUGGAAAUCGUGUGGCCACUUUUUUAAACUAUAUGAGUGAUGUAGAAGCUGGAGGAGCUACAGUUUUCCCAGAUUUUGGGGCAGCAAUAUGGCCCAAGAAGGGAACAGCAGUGUUUUGGUACAAUCUCUUCAAAAGUGGUGAGGGGGAUUAUAGAACAAGACAUGCAGCUUGUCCAGUACUAGUAGGGUGUAAAUGGGUUUCAAACAAAUGGUUUCAUGAAAGAGGAAAUGAAUUCUUAAGACCUUGUGGGAGAACAGAGGUUGACUGA